AUGCAAAGAACAGGUUCGACCACGCAAGUGGGAUUUUCGUCUCCAGAACACGCCUGCACGAUAACCAAUACAGGAUCCAUGGAUUUGACAUCAGGACCGCACCAUUUACCUCAGCUGCAAGCCUGCAAUGCUAUAGCAGAAACCCGUAGUCUGGAGUCACCCCUUUUCCUCGAUCUGUCACAAUGUGGCAUCCAGCUGCCGCUGCCAAACUACACACGAGUUCACCUCAAAUUUCCUUCCACACUCGUGCGACGGCCAAAUUUCCCAUUUGCUCAACUUGCUCAAACUUUAGACCACGAUACCCAGCAACUACUUUCAGCGGAGGUCGACUCACACUCCACUUUUGUGUUUUACGAUGAAGGAAGUACUUUACAAAACUGCUCUACGAAAACAGCGAAUAUUUUGAACAAAGUGGUACCACAUUUGUCGAAAGUGAAGGGACAGAGUCAGUCUUCCAAAAUAAAGCUCUUUUUUUUACAAGGUGGCAAAACAAGCUUGCAACAGAAACCACCAAGCUUUCAGCAAGUACCCGUUACUAGACCUUCUCUUUUGACUAAUGUCAGAUCUUCUUCUAGCAUAAAAAAGGGCGCACUUAAAAAAGGCCCCAAACCCAAUAAGCAUAACAUGAAUCUGAGAAUCACGAUUCCAAACCGCGAUGCACGGAUCGAUAACUCCAACCACAUGUUCAUACAGUCAUUCAAGAAAGACUCCAUUCAAUAUUCCCCCGACAGUCUCAAAAAAUACUUUAAUUUCCACAUGCCUGACUUGAUAGAAUCACAAGAUGAGAUCCUGCCGACUUGGUUGAAGAGGUUCUCUGAUAAUGGUGAUAAGAAUCUUUUAACCAUUUUGAAAUCAUUCGAAUGUCUCGAAAGACUUGAAGUCAAGAGGCUGGAACGCUGUUUGCAAUCCUCGAAACAAGAUCCUAAUAAUACGGAGAAUGGGAACGCGCGCGGAUUGGGAUCUCAACCUACAGCUGUUCUUAAUGCUGGUGAUUCUUUGGCAAGACCAACGCCCACAAAGCUUUACUCUUUUCGUGAAAUGCAAAAGAAAUACAAACCGAACCGGCAAGAUUACGAUUCAGAUAACGACGGAUAUCAUCAGGAUCAAGAUAUGAAGUUAAAGAUGGACAUAAACGAAGAAUUGCAUGAUGGAGAGAACCAAGAAAUACUCACGAAAUUAAUGAAAAUAAAGGCAAGUGAAAAACUGAAAGUUUCUGAUCUUGCUCUAAAUGAUGCUGGCGUUUCACUUACCAAGGGCAAGCAUGCUGACAGACACGACGAUGACGACGAAGAAAUUGCAGAAACACCAAUGGAUAACUAUCUACUCACGCGCGGAAUACAAUCCUAUACCAAAAACAGGUACUCAAACAUUUUGCCAUAUGAGCACUCACGGGUCAAACUAGAGCCUUCCCCCAUAUGGCCUGAGCAGAAAAGCGGUUCAUCUUCGUCUUUCGUUACCCCUGUGUCAAGCCCCCCGCUGUCAAACAAGACGAUUCGCAAAAGACGCAACUCUUAUUUCUCACAAGAGUACGCUAAAUCCGAAAGGCCCUAUGAUCACUUAAAUGAACAAGAAGUUGAGAAUGUGAGGCCGCCACUGCGUCCUGCUUCGUCGUCAUUUGACUCCAAGCGAAAUAUGCAUAAAACAAAAUCGGCCUCGGAAAACGAUCAGUUCAACGAUUAUUUCAACGCCAACUACCUGAAGAUUCCUCAAAUCAAUCCAGAUUUCAAUUAUAUCGCCACACAAGCUCCUUUACCCUCUACUUUAGAUGACUUUUGGAAAGUCGUUGUCAGUAACGGCAUUAAAGUCAUUUUAUCUUUGAAUUCGGAUGAUGAACUAAGCAUGCGUAAGUGGGACAUUUACUGGAAUUCUAGUGCUCUCGAAAAGUUUGAUGUCAGUGUUAGUGAUACUUAUGAAAAUGUUUGUGGCGUCAAAGGCUGCAUUCUACGAGUGAUAGAAGUCAAGCGAUUGAUUUCUCCUAAAGAAAAAAACCAUUCUCAUAGUACAGAAACCAACAAGGAAGACGUGGCCAAAUUGAAACAAAACGGGAAAUCUUGGGGGACUGUUCAUACAGUCUGUCAACUUCAAUACACGCGGUGGCUAGACUCUUGUGGUAUUGUGUUGGGGGACGUCUUGAAACUUCAUCGGAUUAAAAACCUUCUUUUGAACAGCCCCAAGGCUUUCGUUGAAAACAUUCGAGAUGGACAAAUGUACGAAAACAUCAUGAAAACGAAGGAGUUGCCUUCCGAGAAAGCGAACACGUUAGGAUCGAUGACUACUAGUGUGAGCUCGCCUUUAUUGGUUCAUUGCUCUGCGGGUUGUGGAAGAACUGGUGUCUUCAUCACACUAGACUACUUAUUCAAUGUGUUGGAGCAUCCGACUGAUGGCUCCAACAGAAUCGACGUUUGGAAUUCGCCACACGAUCUCAUAUUUAUUAUCGUCAACGAAUUGAGGAAGCAAAGAAUAUCAAUGGUUCAAAAUUUAACACAGUACAUUACGUGUUACGAAGCGAUUUUGAAAUACUUCGAGUUGCGCAAGAUUGCAGGCAGCUCGAAUCGUGUUCAUUUAAUAGACUAG